AUGGAUGUUGAUGGGGAAAGCUACACAGGUGAUGCCGAUACAGAUUUGGUAAAGGAACUUGAAGAGCAGAUGGCGGCAGCCGCUCUGGAGGACUCGCAGCAAACUGAAGAAGCAACGCAGAGAACCCCUGAAAUGUCGGACUGCGAGGACACCCUGAUCGACCAAGCCCAGGAAAAGCCAGCCCCGCCAACUACCCCAGUCCAGGCAGUCAUGCCUGUCACCGCUGAAGCUAGCCCAAAGCCAACCGACGUCCAGCAAAUGCCAGCCGAAGACCAGGCAGUGGCCCCUGUUGCUGCCCAGCAAAAGCCUCCAGAAGUCCAGGCAGUCGCCCCUGUUGCUGCCCAGCAAAAGCCAGCCGAAGUCCAGGCAGUCGCCCCUGUUGCCGAGCAAAAGCCAGCCGAAGUCCAGGCAGUCGCCCCUGUUGCUGCCGAGCAAAAGCCAGCCGAAGUCCAGGCAGUCGCCACUGUUGCUGCCGAGCAAAAGCCAGCCGAAGUCCAGGCAGUCGCCCCUGUUGCUGCCCAGCAAAAGCCAGCCGAAGUCCAGGCAGUCCCUGUUGCGGCUUCCCAGCAAAAGCCAGCCGAAGUCCCGGCAGUCCCUGUUGCCGCUUCCCAGCAAAUGCCAGCCGAAGUCCAGGCCAGCCAAGCUGCGUCGCUGCAGUGGUUGCUCUCAGUUCUGCCAGGUCUCCAGAACAACACACUCCCAGCCGACAAGCUGUCAGCUGUGGAGAGUAUGCUGAAGCGCCCCGACACCAUGGAUUUCGAACAGCUGCUACGAAGCAUUCCACCCACGCCCAGCCCUGCAUCCCAGCCGGCUGCUCCGUCGGCACCUACUACCCCGCUCAAGGCAGUGCCAAAGUCUCUGGCUGCCUCCCCGAAAAGUCGUGCCUCCCCAAAGGGCAAAGCACCCCCGCGACCCACGCCACCCCCCGAAGCCGGAGACGUUGCAGAUGAACGCAAGCUCAAGAAAAAUGCCUACAUGCGAUUCACCCGAAGCUUGAACAGUUCUAGCUGCCCAGCAGCGGUUGUGGAGGCUGCGGCCAAGUGUAAGGCCCUCUUUGCCAAGUACCUCGAAGCAAACGAAUGCUGGGGAGAGUCAGAACUGGUAAUGCGGUCAGAGCAGACUGCCCGCAACCGAAGUGUUCGGCAGCACCGCUGGUUGACGAGAAAGGAGCUCAUGGACAAAUACAACGACCAGGGUCUGGUCGAUGCCAUCAUCCAGACGAAGGAGCAGCAUCCCGAGAUGGUCAUGAACAACCCAGACGCCCCGGAGUGCGAGGCAUUGAAGCUUUACAAGUGUUGGUUUAUGGCUGCGGAGGAGGAGGAUGACGAGUCCAAGCAGUCUAUCAUCAGGGAGCGUGCGGCUGAUGUUGACCCAGGCUCGACCAACAUGGCUGGUGGGGCAGAUGGAGGGGCAGGACCCAGCAAUGCUGAAACCGCAGGGGGGGCUGGGGCGAAGAAGAAGGCGACCAAGCCCAAGACAAUUCAGCAGCAAGCAAAGUCGGCGAUAUCUUUGGUGAACAGCAAUUUGCUCGAGAUCCAGUCCUGGGAAACGAAGUUACGCAAGAACGGAGUGGACCAGAACUUGAUCAAGGCGCUGGUGCAGAGUAUGAACAGCCAAGCAGAGAUUCUGCGUGAGCAUCGUGGAAGUCUGGAGGCAGCCAUUGCUGGGGGUAAGGAUGAGCCUGAGAUGUCACCGUUGGUGUUCAAGAUGAAUGAGUACAAUGCACAGUACAAAGAAGCUGCGAAGCAUGUUCGCAUGCACACGGUGGCGCCGAAAGCAGCACCGAAGCAGAAGGCUGCUGCUGCAAAGUGUAAGUCCAAGGCCGGCUCGGCAGCGUAG